CACACUCUUCUGCUCUCCGUCGUCGCGUUUAAACGUUCCGAAGAAAAUGGCCUCAGGAAAAAUUCUCAUCUACGGUGGCCGUGGCGCCCUCGGGGCCUCGUGCGUGCAGUUUUUCAAAAAGCACAACUGGUGGGUGGGUUCGAUCGAUCUGACGGAAAACGAUGCCGCCGACGCCAACAUCGUAGUCGACCGGGAUGCUGAUUGGGUGGCGCAGGAAGCGGCCGUCCUAACGAAGGUCGGAGACGAACUGAAGGGAGAAUCGCUCGACGCGAUCAUCUGCGUGGCUGGAGGCUGGGCCGGUGGCAACGCGAAGAAGGACCUCGCUAAGAACGCAGACCUGAUGUGGAAGCAGUCGGUCUGGUCGUCGGCCAUCUCGGCCACGGUCGGCGCUAACCAUCUGAAGCCGGGCGGUUUGCUCGUGCUGACGGGAGCUAAUCCCGCACUGGAGGGUACUCCCGGUAUGAUCGGAUACGGCAUGGCCAAGGCCGCCGUGCACCAGCUGACGAAGAGUCUAGCCGGAGAGAAAUCGGGUCUACCAGACAACUCACUCGUCGUGUCCAUUCUUCCUGUGACGCUGGACACCCCGAUGAACCGCAAGUGGAUGCCGGAUGCUGAUACGUCCACCUGGACGCCACUCGAGUUUCUCGCUGAGUUGUUCCACAAAUGGACGAAGGGCGAGCAGCGGCCCGCCAACGGCAGCCUGGUAAAGCUGAUUACCAAAGACUCCAAAACAGAGCUGGUAAUCGUCUAAAGGCGCCAUUCCAUCCCAUCCCAAGUACCCUCGAAUCUCAACCGUAAUCGUAUGCUCUCUUUUUUCUAUGUGUCGUAUUUUCCUACCGUAUACUUUCGUCGGGUGCUCUUUACUUAAACAAAAUGAAACAAAAAUGCAAAAAACAAACAUUCCAGCGACCGUGAAAGUCAACCAGAUUCCUUGCGAGCUAGCGUGUACCGUAGCGUUUAAAUUGUUGGUUAAUUGUUAAUCAGGAGCAUACAUCGAAUUUGUUGAACAAAAAAAAAAUAAAGUGAACAUAACGUGUGCAAAUAAUGUUA